AGUCAGCCCAGAGGUGGCUCAUUGAAAGCAGACCCUCCUCGGCGCUGGCCGGGCGGAGGAGGCGCCGCGGUGCGCAGACCCGCAGCGAGCCCGCACCGCCGCGCGCCCCUGCCCGGCGCCCCUCCUCCGCUCCGCUCCCGGCUAGCCCGGCCCGGCGCGCCUGACGUGGACCAUUAAACUUGGAGCUGCCGCCUGGUCCCCUCUCUCCUCCUCCUCCCGCUGACAGACAAGCGAGCCGCUCGGUGCAGGCAGGAGACGUGCUGCCGGGCUGGGCUGCCCGGGGAGAUGACUUCUCACCAGGAGGACGCCUCUGAGAAGAAGACCACGGGGGAAGCAAAGUUUCGGGGCAGCUGAAGAGCCCUCGCCGCAGCCCUUCGCGCCCAAUCACCCCCCUGGCUAUGGAGGGCGGACUCUAAAAUGAAUCCCGAUCUGGACACCGGCCACAACACAUCAGCACCUGCCCACUGGGGAGAGUUGAAAAAUGCCAACUUCACUGGCCCCAACCAGACCUCAAGCAACUCCACACUGCCCCAGCUGGACAUCACCAGGGCCAUCUCUGUGGGCCUGGUGCUGGGCACUUUCAUCCUCUUUGCCAUCGUGGGCAACAUCCUAGUCAUCUUGUCCGUGGCCUGCAACCGGCACCUGCGGACACCCACCAACUAUUUCAUUGUCAACCUGGCCAUCGCUGACCUGCUACUGAGCUUCACGGUCCUGCCCUUCUCCGCUGCCCUGGAGGUGCUUGGCUACUGGGUGCUAGGACGGAUCUUCUGUGACAUCUGGGCGGCUGUGGACGUCCUGUGCUGCACUGCAUCCAUUCUGAGCCUGUGCGCCAUUUCCAUUGAUCGCUACAUUGGGGUGCGCUACUCUCUGCGGUACCCUACGCUGGUCACACGAAGGAAGGCCAUCUUGGCGCUCCUCAGUGUCUGGGUAUUGUCCACAGUCAUCUCCAUCGGGCCUCUCCUUGGGUGGAAAGAACCAGCGCCCAAUGAUGACAAGGAAUGCGGGGUCACUGAAGAACCCUUCUACGCCCUUUUCUCGUCCCUGGGCUCCUUCUAUAUCCCUCUGGCGGUCAUUCUGGUCAUGUACUGCCGCGUCUAUAUCGUUGCCAAGAGAACCACCAAGAACCUGGAGGCAGGAGUCAUGAAAGAGAUGUCCAAUUCCAAGGAGCUGACCCUGAGGAUCCACUCGAAGAACUUUCAUGAGGACACCCUCAGCAGUACCAAAGCCAAGGGCCACAACCCCAGGAGUUCCAUAGCUGUGAAACUUUUUAAGUUCUCCAGGGAAAAGAAAGCAGCCAAGACCUUGGGCAUUGUGGUCGGCAUGUUCAUCUUGUGUUGGCUACCCUUCUUCAUUGCUCUACCACUUGGCUCCCUGUUCUCCACCCUGAAGCCCCCCGACGCCGUGUUCAAGGUGGUGUUCUGGCUGGGCUACUUCAACAGCUGCCUCAACCCCAUCAUCUACCCGUGCUCCAGCAAGGAGUUCAAGCGCGCUUUCGUGCGCAUCCUCGGGUGCCAGUGCCGCCGUCGCCGCCGCCGCCGCCGCUGUCGCCGCCUGGGUGGCUGUGCCUACACCUACCGUCCGUGGACGCGCGGCGGCUCUCUGGAGCGCUCGCAGUCGCGCAAGGACUCGCUGGACGACAGCGGAAGCUGCCUGAGCGGCAGCCAGAGGACCCUGCCCUCGGCCUCUCCGAGCCCGGGCUACCUGGGCCGCGGGGCGCCGCCGCCAGUCGAGCUGUGCGCCUUCCCGGAGUGGAAGGCGCCCGGCGCCCUCCUGAGCCUGCCGGAGCCCGAGGGCCGCGGCCGCCACGACUCUGGCCCGCUCUUCACGUUCAAGCUGCUGGCGGAUCCCGAGAGCCCCGGGACCGACGGGGGCUCCAGGAACCGGGGCUGCGAGGCCGCGGCCGACGUGGCCAACGGGCAGCCGGGCUUCAAAAGCAACAUGCCUCUGGCGCCCGGGCAGUUUUAGGGGCCCGGUGCACAGCUUCCUUUCCUGGAGGAUGAAAUCUUCAUGGGGGGGAGGGCGGGGCGGAGGGGGCAGGGGAGUGUCCGCGCCCCCAGGGGUCAGGGUGGGGAAGGGCGAGGGAGAGGGGCAGCUGCUUUUCUGGCAGGGGCAUGGGUGCCAGGCACAGCGCAGAGAGCCAGGCCGAGCAUGCUGAGCCUGGGGGACCCGAUGCCGCCGGGAUUUGCCUCCCUCUCUCUCUCCCUGUGUAUAUAUAUAAACGAGUCUCUCGCUACAUGUAUUUAACCGUGGGUAUCCCUGCGUGUGUCUGUGCGGCGUGCGUGUGGUCUGCAUGUGUGCCUGCGUGGGGCUGCCCGCGUGGGGACAGCGAGUGUGGCAGCCGCAGGCGUUGUGUGUCUUGUGACUUCGUACCUCUCAAGCUCCUCCUUGUACAUCACUGAACGAUGGCACUUUGGUGGGAUUGGAAACAAAGUCAAACAUUAAAAGUUAUUUCUCCUGU